UGUUUCAAGGAGACCAUGACUCUGGAGCAAACUAAAGAGGAGGUGGGUACAGUUCAGAGCUGUUUCAAGGAGUCCAUGACUCUGGAGCAAACUAAAGAGGAGGUGGGUACAGUUCAGAGCUGUUUCAAGGAGACCAUGACUCUGGAACAGACUAAAGAGGAGGUGGGUACAGUUCAGAGCUGUUUCCAGGAGUCCAUGACUCUGGAUCAGACUAAAGAGGAGGUGGGUACAGUUCAGAGCUGUUUCAAGGAGUCCAUGACUCUGGAACAGACUAAAGAGGAGGUGGGUACAGUUCAGAGCUGUUUCAAGGAGUCCAUGACUCUGGAACAGACUAAAGAGGAGGUGGGUACAGUUCAGAGCUGUUUCCAGGAGUCCAUGACUCUGGAUCAGACUAAAGAGGAGGUGGGUACAGUUCAGAGCUGUUUCAAGGAGUCCAUGACUCUGGAACAGACUAAAGAGGAGGUGGGUACAGUUCAGAGCUGUCUCCAGGAGUCCAUGACUCUGGAACAGACUAAAGAGGAGGUGGGUACAGUUCAGAGCUGUCUCCAGGAGUCCAUGACUCUGGAACAGACUAAAGAGGAGAUUGCCAAGCUGCAGAAGAAGUUGGACACCCUCCAGGAAGAGAAACAUCAGCUGUUCCUCCAGCUUAAGAGGGUUCUUAAUGAGGAGGACAAACGCAAGGCCAGGAUGAGGGAACAAAGUGACAUGGCUGCUAUGGGCCACCACAUCUACCAGCCAGGGAUACAUCUAGCAGGGGCACAUAUGGUCAUGCCUGGUGUUCCUGUCCAAGCUAGAACACUGCCAGUGGAACAUGCCAAGGGAGCCAUAUACCAGACACAUACACCUCCUUCUGCUUCUCAUGGUGGUGCGCUGAAGCGGCAGCGAAGCCCCUCCCCUCCUGUCGUACAAGUCUACCCUCCCCGCCCCUCCCCCCACGGGCAGCACCCUUACGGAGUCAAGCAUCACGCGACGUACAGCCACGACCAACCACAUCACUCCUACCCAGUCAGCCAACCAAGCCACUACCCCUCCAGCCAAUCAGGGCAGCCUGCUUAUGCUGUCAGCCAAUCACAGCAGGCUGCUGCCUAUGCCACUAGCCAAUCACAGACGGCCUACCAAGUGAGUCAGGCCCCGCACAGCCAGUACGCGACCAGCCAGGCAGCUACAGGAGCGUAUGCUGUCACACAGGCCGCUUCAAAAUACGCCCAUGCUCAGGCAGCUUACACGUAUCAGUACGCACAGCACAAGCCUGAACAGUACGGACAAGCUUAUAGAGUACAACAGCCUGGGGAUGUGAAGGCUUACCUCCUAGCAACCACGGUGUCCUCUGCCGUUCUAGGUUACAUGCCUCCUCAACAUGCAACACCCAGUCAGCAGGCUGCAUACGCUGAGCAACAGACCCACCUGCGAGGGAUGGCCCCGCCCCAGGCGGUACACCCGCAGCAGUCCCAGCAGGCCCUGAUGCCACACCCUCCCCAGCAGCAGCUGCAUGUUCCUCCGCAGCACAAGGCAAGUCUGGUUUCUUCAGCCUACCCACCCAGACCUCAGACCAGACCUGGAUCACCGGCAGCCUACCAACAUGCAACUGCCUUCCCACAGGGCGCGACCAGACACCCCCCUCCCCACGGUACCUACCUACAGCAGACCAGACCUGGCUACUACCAAUAAUGUAGGCUGGCAGAAGGUAGAUAAAACCACUUUUAUGUUUUUUGUGUUUUAAAGAUUAAAGAUGCAUACAAUAUAAAUGUAUCAUCUACAAAAUAAAUUCCACCAGGGUACAAUUCUUCCACCCUGGAAAGAUACAUCCAAACAGAUUUCUAACUCAACAUCUAGUAUAAUGCACUCCUGUAUAUGUAUAUGUAUUAUGUAAACUGUGCAUUCUGGAAGGUGCUGCACUAAAGACCUCUCACACCCACUGUAUUUCGGAUUUAUGUACCUCGACGGAUCAAUGUUAAUGGAGGUUAUUUUGUGUACAAUACUUUCAGAAUGGAUUAUGAAAUCAAAGUUUUUUUGUGCUUGAUGCGGUGUAAAAGCUGGGACAAUAUAGAAUUCAGCCGACACAUUUUGCUGAUUUCCUGGACUUGGAUUUCUUGUGCUUUGUAAGCCUUCUGAAUUGCCAACAAAGUUAUUUUGCUACCUGGAAUUUCUAGUCGGAUGCAGUUUGGUCACUGUGCUAACUGUCAGUGAAUUCAAUGUAAACACACCAAUGCCACUAGAUUGAGAAAAGUUUUUUUUUAUGAUAAAAGGAAAUUUUAUUGCCAACCGUUGGCAAACAUUUCUUAUAUUAUACUGCAACAGUAUGUCAUCAUUGUAGUAUUCUUUGAAGCUUAUUCCAGUAAUGUAACAAUUAGACGAUGUUGUUUCAAAAGAGCACUUUGUUAGCAUUUAGUCAGAAAAAAAUAGAUUUAUACAACAUUUUUUGUAUUGCGUUUGGUGCAUAACUA